ACUGGGAUUUGUAUGUCUAGGCUGGCUUUGUACAAGGAUCCUUAAAUUUUAGCCUCCUAAGUAGUAGGAUUACAGAUGUGAGCCACCAUUCACCUGAUAAUAAAGAAAAGUCUUGAGAGACACCAUUCCCCUUCAAAAAAUCUGAGGAAAACCUGGGCUGGAGGCAUGGUUUAGGUGAUGGAGGGCUAGCUUGCAAGCAAGCUGAGUGUGUCUAAGGCUUUGAGUUCAAACACUGGUAGCUACAAAAAAGUAAAUACAAGUGUAAGGCCCUAUCUGAAAAAAAAAUAAACAGACUAAAAUAAAAAAGGAAAGGACUGGUUAAAUUGGCUCAAGGAUGUCAAGGAGGGGCUCUCCAGACAGAAAAUAUGGCAAAUAAAGAAGUGACAAACUUAGCUUCCAGAGAAAAGGGCAGAGGUGGCAAGAGCAUGGGAUAUGUGGGCAGGUGAGGUUGAAGAGGUAGUCAGGGACCUACUGUAAGGUCCCUGAGAUACCACAUAACUGCUAGCUAGUCUCAUUACUAUUGUCCUUGAUAUAUGCCCUCUGCCUUGAGCAUCUACUUUGUGUUGAGCCCUACAGGAGGACGAAGAGGUCCCAACAGGACAUCUUACUGCCGAAAUCCGCUCUGUGAGCCAGGAUCCUCAGGCAGCUCUGGUGGAAGCCACACUUCCAGUGCAUCAGUGACCAGUGUUCGUUCCCGUGCCAGGAGCAGUUCUGGGACAGGCCUCGCGAGCCCUCCACUGGCUACCCAGACAGUUGUGCCUCUGCAGCACUGCAAGAUUCCCGAACUUCCCGUCCAGGCCAGCAUUCUAUUUGAGUUGCAGCUCUUCUUCUGUCAGCUCAUAGCUCUCUUCGUCCACUACAUCAACAUCUACAAGACAGUGUGGUGGUAUCCACCUUCCCACCCACCCUCCCACACUUCGCUGAACUUCCACCUGAUCGACUUCAACUUGCUGAUGGUGACCACCAUUGUUCUGGGCCGCCGCUUCAUUGGGUCCAUCGUGAAGGAGGCUUCUCAAAGGGGGAAGGUCUCCCUCUUUCGCUCCAUCCUGCUGUUCCUCACCCGAUUCACCGUUCUCACGGCAACAGGCUGGAGUCUGUGCCGAUCCCUCAUUCACCUCUUCAGGACCUACUCCUUCCUGAACCUUCUGUUCCUCUGCUAUCCGUUUGGGAUGUACAUUCCAUUUCUGCAGCUGAACUAUGAUUUUCGCAAGACGAACCUCUUCAACCACAUGGCCUCUAUGGGGCCACGGGAGGCUGUCAGUGGCCUGGCGAGAAGUCGAGACUACUUGCUGACGCUGCGCGAAACAUGGAAGCAGCACACUCGACAGCUCUAUGGCCCAGAAGCCAUGCCCACCCAUGCCUGCUGCCUGUCACCCAGCCUUAUUCGCAAUGAAGUGGAGUUCCUCAAGAUGGACUUCAACUGGCGCAUGAAGGAAGUGCUGGUCAGCUCCAUGCUGAGUGCCUAUUAUGUGGCCUUUGUACCUGUCUGGUUUGUGAAGAACACACAUUACUAUGACAAGCGUUGGUCCUGCGAGCUCUUCCUGCUGGUGUCCAUCAGCACCUCAGUGAUUCUCAUGCAGCACCUGCUGCCUGCCAGCUACUGUGAUCUGCUGCACAAGGCUGCUGCCCAUCUCGGCUGCUGGCAGAAAGUGGAUCCUGCCCUGUGCUCCAAUGUGCUACAGCACCCGUGGACUGAAGAAUGCAUGUGGCCACAGGGAGUGCUGGUGAAGCACAGCAAGAAUGUCUACAAAGCAGUGGGUCACUACAACGUGGCCAUCCCUUCUGAUGUCUCCCACUUCCGGUUCCACUUCUUUUUCAGCAAACCCCUUCGGAUCCUCAACAUCCUCCUGCUGCUGGAGGGCGCAGUCAUUGUCUACCAGCUAUACUCCUUAAUGUCCUCUGAAAAGUGGCACCAGACGAUCUCACUGGCCUUGAUCCUUUUCAGCAACUACUAUGCCUUCUUCAAGCUGCUGCGGGACCGCCUGGUAUUGGGCAAAGCCUACUCGUACUCUGCCAACCCCCAGAGAGAUCUGGACCACCGGUUCUCCUGAGCCCCAGGGGAUCCCAGGGACGUUCCAGGCUUCAGCCAGGGGCUCCCUGGCAAGGGGCUGUUGGGGAGGGUUGUUUGAGAGUCAGAAAAAAACAAAAACAGACACAAAAAAACAAAACACACAAAAAAAGAACAGAGCUUUGUAUUUUUGUUACGAUUUUUUUUUCUUGGAUAAUUGAUGUGCUAAGAGGAAAAAAAGUCUUAUUUUUAUACUCCCAACAA